AUGAGCAAUCACCUUCCAAACAUGCCCUUCCCACCCAUCCUCCCCUUUCUCCUCCUCCUCCUCCUCCCCGUCGCCGCCGCUGGCCGGUGGUCCUUCCUGGAGUCGAGCAUCGGCAUCUCGGCCAUGCACAUGCAACUCCUCCACAACGACCACGUCGUCAUCUUCGACCGCACCGACUUCGGCCUCUCCAACAUCUCCCUCGGCAACGGCCGCUGCCGCAACGACCCCCGCGACAAAGUCGUUCCCCUCGACUGCACCGCUCACUCCGUCGAAUACAACCCUUCCUCCCUCCAAAACGCCCCCUCCGUCCGCCCCCUCAUGGUCCUCACAGACGUCUGGUGCUCCUCCGGCGCCGUCUCCCCUGACGGCACCCUCGCCCAGGCCGGCGGCUUCAACGACGGCGACCGCGUCGUCCGCCUCUUCCCACCUUGCUCCGACCCCUCCUGCGACUGGCGCGAGGUCCCCUCCUCCCUCUCCCGCCGCCGCUGGUACGCCACCUCACACAUCCUCCCCGACGGCCGCCAGAUCAUCGUCGGCGGCCGCCGCCAGUUCAACUACGAAUUCUACCCCAAAUCCCCCUCCUCCUCCGCCGCCUCCGCCUACAACCUCCCGUUCCUAGUCGAGACCAACGACGGAUCCUCCGAGAACAAUCUCUACCCCUUCGUCCUACUCAACACCGACGGCAACCUCUUCAUAUUCGCCAACAACCGAGCCAUACUCUUCGACUACAAAAACGACAAACUCGUCCGAACCUACCCGACAAUCCCGGGUGGCGACCCGCGAAACUACCCGAGCUCCGGCUCCGCGGUUCUCCUCCCACUCACCAAUCAACCCGAGGUACUCCUCUGCGGAGGAGCACCGAGGGGCUCCUUCGAACGUGUCCGCAGAGGGAAAUUCGUUCCCGCGCUCGACACGUGCGCAAGGAUCCGACUCAACGACCCGAACCCAAAAUGGGCCAUGGAGCGGAUGCCGAUGGGUCGGGUCAUGAGCGACAUGGUGCUCCUACCCGACGGGAAUGUGUUGAUCGUGAAUGGAGCCGGCUCGGGAACCGCGGGUUGGGAGAACGGGCGCGACCCGGUUCUCUCGCCUCUCGUUUAUUACCCCGACAGACGGGUCGGGUCGAGGUUUGAGGUGCAGAAACCGAGCACGAUACCGAGAAUGUACCACUCGUCCGCGGUUCUGCUCCGGGACGGGCGGGUGCUCGUGGGAGGGAGCAACCCGCAUAUUUACUACAAUUUUACCGGGGUUUUGUACCCAACGGAUUUGAGCUUGGAGUCGUUUUCGCCUUCGUAUUUGGAUCGGAGUUACGGGUACUUGCGGCCGAGGGUUGUAUCGCCCGCGUCGCAGUCCGGGAUAGCGUACGGGCAGCAGGUUCCGAUCCGGUUCGCGAUACCGACGGGUCGGUUGGAUUGGGAUUCGGUUAGGGUGACGAUGGUUGCGCCGGCGUUUGCGACGCACUCGUUUUCGAUGAACCAGAGGCUGUUGGUGCUGACCCGGUUGGAUAUGAAGGCGGUGGGUGUGUCUACGUAUCAGGUCCGGGUUGUCGCGCCCGGGUCGGGGAAUCUUGCACCGUCGGGUUACUAUAUGGUGUUUGUGGUCCACAGGAAUAUUCCUAGUGAGGGUAUAUGGGUCCACAUAUCAUAG